CUCAACAGCGGCCACUACAUUCCCCAGGUCGCACUCGGCGUCUACAAGGCGCCCAAUGACGCUACUACCGAGGACGCUGUCAAAUGGGCCUUCGAGGCUGGCUACAGGCACGUCGAUGGCGGUGAGUUACCGGGAUCAUGCUAUUACCCUCUUUCUUGGGCAUGAACAGGGGAGAAUAGAAAAGGCAAAAAGGAGGGUUAAUGGCGACACAGCUGGCCUUCUUGGGUAUUACCUACGCUGGAUCGUCUUAUUGGUAAUCCGAUUGUGCUUUAAUCAGUGUUCCCUGAUCAGCAGCAGAAGGGGGAAAGGGCUUUGAACCGUCGACGGGCGAUGCCCUUGCCGCCAGAUUGGUGCAUAUAUGGUGGAUAUAUGCGCCCUCAGCUUUGUAGCCGACGCGGCCCGCUACGCCAACGAGGAAGCCGUCGGCCGCGCAAUCAAGGACUUCACCUCCAAAUCGGGCGUCCCGCGCGAGGAUAUCUUCGUCACGUCCAAGCUCUGGGAUGCCGACCACGAGCGUGCGGCCGAGGCGAUCGACGAGUCGCUCAGGAAGCUGCAGCUUGACUACAUGGACCUUUACCUCGUCCACUCGCCCGGCAAUCUUGGUACAGAGGCGCGUCUCAAGGCGUGGAAAGACAUGGAGGCCGCCGUCGACGCCGGAAAGAUUCGCUCGAUCGGUGUUUCCAACUUCGACGUCGACGAGCUAGACCACCUACUCGCCAACUGCCGCAUCAAGCCGGCGGUCAACCAGAUCGAGUCGCACCCCUUCUUUCAGCACGAGGAGCUGCGCGAAGCGACGAUCGCCCGCGGCAUCCACGUGCAGGCGUACUCGCCCAUGGCGCAGGGCGCCGCGCUCGAGCGCCCAGAGAUUGUCGCGAUUGCCAAGAAACACGACAAGUCCUCCGCACAGGUCCUGCUCAAAUGGGGCAUGAACGUCGGCAACAUCAUUCUCCCCAAGUCCCUUACCAAGUGCCGUAUCGUGGCCAACGCCGACCUGUUCGACUUUGAACUGGACCAGGACGAUAUGGAUCUCCUCAACUCGCUCGACGAGGGCAUGAAGAUGGGCAAGCUCGGCCCUGCCGGCACAUCCGCGCCGGGCUCCAGGCGCGGCUCGCAAGCUGGAUCGCGUCGCGGAUCGCAGAACAACGGCUUUUCGGGGGGUAAGCUCGCGAUGAGCACCAGCUGAAUGCACGCACUCGCGCUCGCCUGGUCGACUCGGCUCGGCUUUAAUUACAUGAAGAAAGAAGAAUAGAUAGAUGCGACGCUAGUGGCGG